AUGAUAAAAAAAAAUGGAUGGAUGCAUUGGGGGUUGAUUAAAUCUCGAGCUGUCGUUGCUGUUGCUGUUGAUAUUGUUGUCGGUAUUGAUUUUGAGGUUAUUGAUGUUGAUGAUAAUGAUGAUGAUAAUGGUGAUGAUAAUGAUGAUGAUGAUGAUGUUGUUGUUGUUGUUGUUGUUGUUGUUGUUGUCAAUAAUGGAAAUGGAAAUGGAAAUGGAAAUAGAAAUGUUCACUGGCGCUGGUCAUCGAUACCUACCUACCUGUCGCACAGACACUUUAGCUGGGAGUACGGUAGGUUGUAUGAUCGCACGGUACUUUGA